AUGAAUUACAAAACUGAAUGCAUCAAAACAGACUCCGAGUCUUCUUCUAAGCUUAUUAAAAAGACAGACAAUGUAACCCCUGUGAUUAUUGUACGCAAGAGCAUUCAACAUAAUUCCAACACACAUGUUGUGGUCAGAGUACUUGACCAAUACAAAGAAACCAACUCGCACGGGAGAGUCAAGAACCCAGGAAGGACUUUAGAUCUGAAAGAAAGGGUUUUCAGAGAGAUCUUCUAUGACAUCAAAAGGGAUCCAUUGCAGCCAAUGUCAGCAAUAAGAAAAGCCGCUGCCAAUCCCACCUCAACUAUAAAAUUCCGAAUGUUUCUUCAUAGUAAAGGAAUAUACUCUCGAAGACUAAUCAAGAAGCCAAAGAUUACAGAGGCUAAUAUGAAAAAAAAAAACGCUUGGAAUUGA